AUGAUGUUUGUAUGCGAUAACACUCUUUUCCCUCAGCCUGUUAUCGAUACCUUCAACCUCUGGGGAAUGCGGAGUGUAAUUGAAUAUUACCAGAACGGGGAAUCGAAUGAAACGGUGAAACAAAAGGAAAACGGCAUGAAUAUAUGUAUGGGGGUUGAAAAUAUUGCCUUACUCCCAAUAUCGUUUGAUUUGAAUAUUCCUACUUUGUAAUGCUAGGCUUCUCAUGUGGAAAGACGGCGGCACAGUGGCAAAAAUAAGUAUGUACGACGAAAACUAAAAGAAAAGGUAGC